GCCUUCGCUCGUUACCUCGCCUUUUAUCUUUAACCCCUCGGUUUUUCGUUUAUCUAUUCCUCCUUCCAGAAUCGCGCUCGCCCUCGAGGUAGCGAAGGCAGGCGAACGAGAAGAGGGAGUUGAGAAAUGGUGGGCAAGGGAGGGAAGGGGCUUCUCGCAGCGAAGACGACGGCGGCGAACAGGGACAAGGAUAAGGACAAGAAGAAGCCAGUCUCCCGAUCUGCGCGUGCUGGGUUGCAGUUUCCUGUUGGCCGUAUUCAUCGGCAGCUGAAGUCAAGGAUUCAAGCAAAUGGCCGUGUCGGUGCCACUGCAGCUGUGUACUCAGCUGCAAUACUAGAGUAUCUAACAGCGGAAGUGUUGGAGCUCGCAGGGAAUGCAAGCAAGGAUCUCAAGGUGAAGCGAAUCACGCCGCGCCACCUUCAACUAGCCAUUCGAGGGGAUGAGGAGCUAGACACCCUCAUCAAGGGCACAAUUGCGGGCGGCGGAGUUAUCCCCCACAUCCACAAAUCUCUCAUCAACAAGUCUUCCAAGGAGUGAUGGUAUCAUUUAUAUUAGACAUGUAUGUUUGUACUACUAGCUAGAUCAGUGUUUUAUAACUCGUAUUCUGAACUUUAAUUAGGUGGUUUGGGAGUCUCAACUGUUCAUCCUCUAGUAGAUUUGUUGGAUGUAGGAAAUUCCAGACCUUGUGUUUAUUGUGUGUAGGUAUUAUGUUGUUAUGGAACUUGCAUUAACUUCGACGAUCAUGUUACAAGAUUCCCGUAUGAUCUCAUGCUACAAUAAAUAAAAGAUGGUCUGAUGUACGAAACUUCUGUUA